AUGAGUGUGCCUGCUCAUUCAAAUUAUGUUAGGCCCCCGACGCCCCCGCCGUCGUAUUUGGAGGCGAUCAGCGGGGACAGCAACAUAUCGGAAAACAACAGAUGUGCAAGUACGGAAUCGGUGGCCACUCAGGACAUCCUAGGUCGCAACUCGAUGCACAUGAUAUGUCCGUCGUGCCACGCCGAGAUUAAGACGACCACCAUUACCCGGCCCGGAACCUUUACCUACGUCUCCGCGUUCUUCACUUGCUUGUUCACCUUCGGCCUGGGAUGCUUCCUGAUCCCCUUCUGUAUCGAUGACUGCAAGGAGGUCGACCAUUCGUGCCCCAACUGCGAGGAGUCCCUGGAUCAUUGGAUAAAAUCGAAUAUUUUGUAA